GAUCGAACCUUUGGAGUAGAGAAAACCAUCCUAAUCUCCUAAACGCCAAACUUCUCUACUCACCACCAAAACCUCACCCUUAACCAGAGCCUCUCAUAGGGUUGGAGGGAGAGAGAGAGAGUGUGUGUGUUUGAGAGAGAGAAAAAAAAAAAAGAUGGCCAUGGCAUUGGCGCUGCGGAGGCUCUCUUCUUCUGUUGACAAGUCCGUCCGUCCACGCAUUAAUGGAGGCUCGCUUUAUUAUAUGUCGUCUCUUCCAAAUGAAGCUGUGUACGAGAAAGAGAAAAAUGGUGUUUCGUGGACUAAACAGCUGAAUGCUCCGUUGGAAGCUGUCGAUCCAGAAAUUGCAGACAUCAUUGAGCACGAGAAAGCUAGGCAAUGGAAGGGGCUAGAACUCAUACCCUCCGAGAAUUUCACUUCAGUCUCUGUAAUGCAAGCUGUUGGUUCUGUCAUGACAAACAAAUACAGUGAAGGAUAUCCCGGUGCUAGAUACUAUGGAGGAAAUGAGUUCAUUGAUAUGGCAGAAACCUUGUGCCAGAAGCGUGCUUUGGAAGCUUUUCGGUUGGAUCCAGAGAAAUGGGGAGUGAAUGUCCAGUCCCUGUCAGGAUCUCCGGCUAAUUUUCAGGUGUACACUGCAUUGCUAAAACCUCAUGAGAGAAUCAUGGCACUUGAUCUUCCUCAUGGUGGACAUCUUUCUCAUGGGUACCAGACUGAUACCAAAAAGAUAUCUGCUGUGUCUAUUUUCUUUGAGACAAUGCCGUAUAGAUUGGAUGAGAGCACUGGAUAUAUCGACUAUGACCAGAUGGAGAAAAGUGCCACAUUAUUCAGGCCAAAAUUAAUAGUUGCUGGUGCUAGCGCGUAUGCACGUCUGUAUGACUAUGACCGUAUCCGCAAGAUCUGCAACAAACAAAAAGCCAUAAUGUUGGCAGAUAUGGCACACAUCAGUGGAUUGGUUGCUGCUGGUGUCAUCCCAUCACCUUUCGACUAUGCAGAUGUAGUAACCACCACAACUCAUAAGUCACUUCGUGGACCUCGUGGAGCCAUGAUUUUCUUCAGGAAGGGAGUGAAAGAGAUCAACAAACAAGGAAAAGAGGUGUUGUAUGACUAUGAAGACAAAAUUAAUCAGGCUGUCUUUCCCGGACUUCAAGGUGGUCCACACAACCACACAAUUACUGGUUUGGCAGUAGCAUUGAAACAGGCUACAACUCCAGAAUACAAGGCCUAUCAGGAGCAGGUUCUCAACAAUUGCUCAAAAUUUGCACAGUCUCUGGCUGAAAGGGGCUAUGAGCUUGUUUCUGGUGGAACUGAUAACCACUUAGUCUUGGUUAACUUGAAAAAGAAGGGUAUUGAUGGCUCCAGAGUUGAGAAGGUUUUGGAAUCUGUUCACAUUGCUGCUAACAAAAAUACUGUUCCUGGAGAUGUGUCAGCCAUGGUUCCUGGUGGUAUUAGGAUGGGAACCCCAGCUCUUACUUCAAGAGGAUUUAUUGAGGAAGAUUUUGCCAAGGUUGCGGAAUUCUUUGAUGCUGCUGUGAAAUUGGCCUUGAAAAUCAAGGGAGAAGCAGCAGGUACAAAGUUGAAGGACUUUGUGGCCACCUUGCAGGCCCCCCACAUCCAAUCUGAGGUUGCAAAGCUCAAACAUGAUGUGGAAGAGUAUGCCAAGCAGUUUCCUACAAUUGGGUUUGAGAAGGAAACCAUGAAGUACAAGAAUUGAGGGAGACAUCUUCCUGUUCUAGUGUGGGACAGAACACAGGCACUGUAAGCAGACGUGAAGAGGAGUUUUCCCAUUUGACAAAUGAGAAGGACCAUAUGCGAAGGAGUAUGAUCUAGAGCUUUUAUACCUACAGAUCUAGGAUAUCUCAAUUUGGUUCUUCAAGAAAUAUAUGUAAAUACUAUUUGAGGCCAUGUAAUGCAAUAAAACUACUUAUAAAAACAACACAACUACUCUUUUAUCUCUUUUCUUUCAUUUUAUGUGAUAUGAUGGCGUAGCAAACUCUCUUAAUUUUUCCAAUAAAAGCAAAAUCCUGCCAGUGCUCAAA